AUGAAGAAGUUGCUCUCGGCGCCAGAUUUCAUGAAAGAAGGCGGCGUUCUCGGAAUGUUCUGUUCCCACGCCUACCCACAUACGUCAGAGCUCGCGGGUAUGCAGUUUCCUCGGAUCCUGAAGGGCGUGGAUUUAGUUCUCUACUCAGUUCUCAAGUCUCUUGGUAUUGAGCUUGCCGUUAUCCCCAUCGUCGACAAAGACGGUGUCUAUGGCAAGAACCCCGCGCUCGGUCUGAGAGGCACUGUCGGCAGAUCUGGUCGUUACUGGUAUGGAUCUGGCGGAUGCUAUGAAAUGGAGCAGUAUCUUCAAAAUGGCGGCUCAUUGAAAUUCUACACUCGCGACCAUGUGCCCAAAGACGUCGACUUCACCGAUGUCGACCGAAGAUGGAAACUGCUGCUCAUGACACGCCAAAUCACCGGCAUGGACGGCAGCAUCGAAUACGCCACUCGGCAUGAUCUCCCACUGAAGCCGAAUAGUUUCUAUGCGGCAGGAUUCACGCGCGUCGGCAAGUGUUUCGCGCCGUACAAGGCACACGAUCGGUCCCUUGACGAUGGUGACGACGAAAAUGAGAUGCUCAACGAUUGCUUCCCCGUCUACCAAAUCCCCGGAAUCACCUGGAUCACGGAGCCGAAUCACGAAGAGAUGGCCUUCAGUCACAUCGCACACGGUAACGAAGCGUCCAUAGAAACUCGGUACUCGUGCGUCUCCAUCCUUGCGAUUAUCCCUCCUACAGAGAAACGGAUGGACAUCGAGUAG